UGGAGUGUUUUCGUUUGCAAGGCAGCCGUCAGACUGUGGGCGAAGAAAGCAAUCCUUUUAUCGUCGGACGAUCAGAUUGCGACGAAAGGUACACUGCAACCGCAGCAAUAAUGGCACUUCGGUUGUUUCGCUUGAGCCAGGAUGUGGUUACUCCUCUGAUUAAACGUAACUGCGCCGUGUCGGCGUUCGAGUUGCAGCACAAGAAUCCUGUCCAGCGAAAGGUGGAACAAAUUCCUAAGGCGCAGUAUGGUGGUCGGCAUACGGUAACUAUGCUACCGGGAGGCGGAAUUGGCCCAGAGUUGAUGAGCUACGUACGCGAAGUUUUUCGGUUUUCUGGCGUACCUGUGGACUUCGAAAUUGUCGACAUCGACCCCGCCAGCGAGGGCAACGAGGAUCUGGAGUACGCCAUCACGUCAAUUAAGCGGAAUGGAGUCGCAAUCAAGGGUAACAUUGAGACGAAAUCGGAAGCGACCGGUAUUCUGUCGCGCAACGUUGCGCUCCGCAAUGAACUCGAUCUGUACGUGAACGUAUUGCACUGCAAAUCGUUCAACGCAAUUCCGGCGCACCAUCAGAAUGUUGAUGUGGUGAUUGUACGGCAGAACACCGAGGGCGAGUAUGCGAUGCUGGAGCACGAGAGUGUUCGGGGUGUGGUUGAGAGCAUGAAAGUAGUGACGAUCGAGAACGCGGCCAGAGUGGCACGGUUUGCGUUCGAGUUUGCCAAAAACAACAACCGUAAGAAGGUAACGACCAUCCACAAGGCCAACAUCAUGAAGCUGGCCGACGGGCUGUUCUUGAAGGUGGCCCGUGACAUCGCUAAGGAGUAUCCUGGUAUCGAACACAACGACAUGAUCAUCGAUAAUUGCUGUAUGCAGCUCGUUUCCAACCCUCACCAAUUUGAUGUUAUGAACACAACCAACCUCUACGGUAGCAUCACUUCGAACGUGCUCUGCGGUUUGGUGGGAGGUGCCGGGCUUUUCUCUGGUCGUAACUACGGUGAUCAUUAUGCUGUCUUUGAGCCGGGUACCCGGAACACCGGUACAGCGAUUGCUGGCAAAAACGUCGCCAAUCCGGUUGCCAUGCUGAAUGCAGCUGUCGAUAUGUUGUAUCAUCUUGGUCAUCGUUAUCAUGCUGAUUGUAUAUCUGAUGCGCUUCAUAAAACAAUCGAUAUCGAUGGGGUUCACACUCCGGAUCUUGGUGGAAACAACACUAGUACCGACAUUGUCCAGAAUGUUCUAAAGCAUCUGGCCGAGAAGAGGACCUAUUGGUUCCCGGCGUAUGCGUAUAUGUGAAUACUUAGGGCAAAAUAGAAUUGAAUCCAAAUCAGAACACCACCCUAACCCCCCCAAACCCGCCCCAACCCGCCCCACCACCCGGAAUCCUUAACAACUCGUUUUUUGCUAUCACUCGUUUGCCGACUCACAAUGUCUAAUCUGACCCGUGGUUUGACGAGUGACUAGUACUGCAAUUCUUAGUAGGUGUUGGGAUAAUUUUCCGAUGAAGCAUAACAACAAGACGCAUCACAAGUAAACCACUCAAAAACUACAAAAAAAACGUUCCCAAAUAAACGACACAAUUGAAAUUUUCCGAAAGGUUUUAAAUUUUGGUUGAAGAUCUGGCGUUAUUCAUCUUUUUUUGAUAUCAGUUACUAGCUCAUAGCGAUCGUGUUCUUGUUCAUGUUGGAGCCGGCUUUUGACAACGAAAUAAUAUACAGCCGCGGUUCUAUUGUACCUAUUCAUGGUAUGCGUAACAAAUAAUGCAUUCAAAACGUUUGUUGAAGGUUCUCUACUAACAUUUACUUGUAAUAUUUACUUUGUGAAUAUCUCACAAUGAAAAUACACAACUCCUAGUGUUGUUUUGUUUCUUAUGUACCUUUUCGCCUGUAUAACUCACAUAAUUGACUAGUACUUAGUGAUUGCCUUUUUCCGUGUCCUCUAAUAUCGUUAUGACCAAAAGAAAGAAAUUGUGAGUUAUAGCAACAAGUAUUCCUCGUAGAUCGAAACGAUCAGUAAUUACCGUGUUUGUCGUGAAAUGUUUUCCGAGUGUGCGUCCCCGAUUUGUCCUCUUAGUAGCUGGAAUGUGGUAUGGAAGUGGUUGUGUUACGAAUUGAAAGCUGACAAAAGUUAUAGUUUAUCUACUUUUAUUGUAAUUUUUUUUUGCUGUGUUUCUUCGAAAACAGUGAGCCUCGCAUUGGUUUUGCACAAAAUUCAAAAUCAUAUAAGCUUCGAACGUUACUCUUGGUGUCAAAUGGCAAAUCUAAGCUCACUUUUCCGAGGAUGACAAUGGGCAUAGCUUAAUUCUGUAUCACUCUGACACUGUGUUUUCUUCUUUUCGUUCC